AUGCAGCCACGAUCGACCAGGAUCUUCAUCCAUCCAUCCAUCCAUCCAUUCCCUCUUCCUUGCUCGAUCAGACCGUGCGCACAUUGGUUCAUCGAGUCCUCUGCCAUGGCUUCCGCCACGUUCUUGAUCUUGGUCGCGGCGGCGAGCCUCCUGGCCAGCUUUGCGCAGGCCGAUUUGCAGUACGGUUACUACAACACGACGUGCCCGGGCGUGGAGAAGCUUGUGCGCACCGAGCUUGAGGCCAUCUUCGCCGCCGACUCCACCCUCCGCGCCGGCCUCCUCCGCCUCCACUUCCACGACUGCUUCGUCCGGGGCUGCGACGCUUCCCUCAUGCUCAACUCCCACAACGGCACCGCCGAGAAGCACGCCGACCCCAACCUCACCGUGCGCGGCUACGAGGCCAUCGAGGCUAUCAAGGAGGUGGUGGAGAAAGCAUGCCCCCUCGUCGUCUCCUGCGCCGACAUCAUGGCCAUGGCCGCGCGCGACGCCGUCAAUUUUAGCGCUGGGCCACACUACGAGGUGGAGACCGGGCGCCGCGACGGGAACGUCUCCAUGUUGGAGGAGGCCCUCACCAACCUGCCACCGGCCGAUGGCAACGUCACCGUGCUCACCGAGUACUUCGCCGACAAGAACCUCACCAUGAAGGACAUGGUCGUCCUCUCCGCGGCGCACACGAUUGGAGUGACGCACUGCUCGUCCUUCUCCAAGCGGCUCUACAACUUCACUGGAGCCGGCGACCAGGACCCCUCGCUGGAGCCGGCGUACGGGAAGACGCUGACGACCAAGUGCCCAGCGGAGAAGAUGGCGAGCGUGGUGCCCAUGGACGAUGUGACGGUGGACAAGUUCGACCUGGGAUACUACGAGUCCGUGUACAAUCACCGGGCGGUGCUGCGCUCCGAUGCCGCGCUGCUGGAUGACAGCCUCACCGGCGCCUACGUCGCGCUCAUGAACAACGCCUCCUCUCUCGACAUCUUCUUCGCCGACUUUGCCGUCGCCAUGAUCAACAUGGGCAGGGCUGGCGUUCUCACCGGCACCCAAGGCGAGAUCAGAGAGACCUGCGGCGUCUACGUCGACUGA